AUUGAUUUAUGUACUACUAAUAAGAUCUUCGAAAUUUCAUCAGCCACAUCUACCCAAGUACCCUUUUUAAUAACAUUGAACCAUUCCCAAUAAAUUUCAAGAGAAUCAAUCCUUCAUGAUAACAUCUUGGAACUCAUAAUCUUCCAAAAUGGCUAUCGAGAAAAGUGAAAGAAUCCUAGUCCUUCCAGGCGACAAGUUAGAUCACACAUUAAUCCCCUCACAUCCUAAAAAGGCUUUGCGCCUUGGCCCUGGACUCCGGCACAUUCCUCCCAAUGAGCUCGUGCCCACUGUUGCUGGCCAACUCGUUACAGAUCACAGAAAGAACUCGAUAUGGAUUGAGUACAACGGAGGACGGUAUGUACCAACGGUUGGUGACCUCGUCAUUGGCACCGUCCACCAUUCAGCAACCGACUACUUUUACGUCCAGCUGUCAGGGUACACUUCAAAUGCCGUGCUACCCCAACUCGCCUUUGAAAUGGCUACCAAGAAAACUCGUCCCAAUCUGAGCCCUGGAUCUCUGGUGUAUGCGAGAGUGAGCCUCGCCAACCGGCACAUGGACCCGGAGCUCGAGUGUGUCUCUCCUACGACUGGCAAGGCUGAGGGCUUGGGCCCGUUGAAUGAGGGUAUGGUAUUUGAAGUCUCGCUAGGCAUGGCCAGGAGAUUAUUGAUGCGGAAGUCGGUCGAGGAGGGUAAAGUAGUUGUGUUAGAAGAGCUGGGAGCUGCAGGCCUCGCCUUCGAAACGGCCGUAGGUAGGAACGGGAAGGUCUGGGUCAACAGCGAGAAGACCAAGGUUGUGCUUGCAGUUGGCCGUGCAGUCAAGGAAACGGACGAAAAGAACCUCAGUAUCGAGCAACAAAAGAAGUUGGUACGCAGGCUGAUAAAAGAAUUGAAUUAGGUCAAUCCUAGAGGAGCAAAGGUGAGAUAGAGUACUGGCGUUUUGCAUAAACGAGACCUCAAGAACAUAUAUCAGAACAUGUAAAGGUUUAUUGUAUCGAUGAUGCUCAA